AUGUCGACCAUCACGCAAACUUUCAACCGAUACCUGGAAAUGUCCUCGCGCUUCCUGGGCAAUCUCGGACGAACGUGCCAUCAGAUCUACAGUCAUCGACCAGGUGCAACAAUCUUUAGCGCACUGUGCUUCAGCUGUGGAUUCAUUUAUGUGAUACAGUCUCGCGCCCAGGAAUCGCGGCUUCUCAAGGCCAAAAGGAAUGCUCCGAAGAUCGGAGGAACGACCUGCAAAUAUCGUCUUGACAACGGAACAUCUGGUACAUGUCCUCUACCUGAUGGGAGAAAGCUCGGCUUUGCAGAGUAUGGUGCAUCAGAUGGCAUACCAGUCUUCUUCCUCCACGGGACGCCUGGUUCUCGGUUUGAGGCGGCCUCGCUUGAUGAUUUGACGAAGCAGCUCAAUGUACGGCUCAUCUCCGUUGACCGUCCGGGGAUCGGAUGGAGUUCAGCACAGCCCGGCCGAACACUGGAAACCCAUGCGUACGAUAUCGAUAAUUUGGCCAACUAUCUCGAGCUGGACAGGUUCGCUGUCCUCGGCAUUUCUGGCGGAGGUCCAUAUGCGCUUGCUUGCGCCAGAUUCAUAUCCAAUGAGAAAUGCAAAGCGGUGGGCGUGGUAGUCGGCAUGGGAGCGCCGGAUAUGAGCAAGAAGGGAAUGCGAUGGUUCAACUGGUUGGGCUUCACACUUGGAUAUCCGUAUCUCCAUGCGAAGCUUUUCUACUGGGCCGUCACCCAUACUCUGGAAGGACGACUGGAUCUGACGGAGGACGAACGCUUGGAGCUCGUCAGACAGCGCACACGCGCCGAAAUGGAAAAGGUGCCGGCGAAAGAUCGAGCCUUCUGGCAGGAUGAGGACAAUAUCAGACUUUUCCUGCGCUCGAUGCAAGAAGUCCGAUCGAGAGAUCUGGUAGACGGACUGCUUACUGAUGGGAGAGCGCUGGCCCUCGAUUGGCAGUUCAAGAUCGAAGAUAUCCCUGAGAACAUGCCGGUGAGACUUUGGUACGGAGCGCAAGACGCCAAUUGUCCGCCUGGAUAUGGAAGGCAGACGAUGGAGAGAUUAGGACAUCGGCAGAAUUGUUUGCUGAGGAUCGAGGAUGAGACGCAUAUCAGUAUGUGGUUGAAUUAUCGAGAAGAGUUCUUCAAGGACCUGGUGGAGUUUAUGUGA